AUGAUUGCGAAAAACCCUAUGUUACGAUCGGGAAUCAGAUCGCUCAGUGGCUCCAUUAAAAGAAGUAUCAGAUAUAAUUCUUCUUCUUCUUCUUCCUCCUUCUCCAGAUCAAACGGCCUUCCAUUGUCUAUCUUUGCCCUCUCAUCUGUUGUGUUGUUUAGCGGUGGUUUAUACCUUGGUCAAUCUUACAAACAAUCUCAAUUCACAAAGUCUCCCCCAGAUGAUUUAUUUCCGUUGACCUCUAUUACCCCUCUCAAUGUCUUGGAAUCCCCGACUUAUGGGUCCCCACAAGAUUAUCAAAAAGCUUUUGAUGAAAUUACCGCUGUCCUUGGUGAAAAUUUCGUCACCAAAGCUGAUCAAGUUAGAAAAGACCAUUCCGACACUUACUGGAAUUCCCAUCAUGCUACCCCGGACCAAAAACCAUUUGCUGUGGUUUACCCAAACUCCACGGAGCAAGUUUCACAGAUAAUGAAGAUUUGCUUCAAAUACAGGAUCCCAGUUAUCCCAUUCUCUGGAGGAACUUCUUUAGAAGGGCACUUCAUUCCAACCAGAGGAGGGAUUUCCAUCGAUGUGAGCAAUAUGAAUAACAUUUUGGCAGUUCAUAAACAAGAUCUAGACGCGGUAGUGCAACCAGGUGUGCCAUGGGAAGAUUUGGGAGAAUACUUGGCUGACCAAAAUUUGAUGUUUGGUCCUGAUCCUGGACCAUCUGCUCAGAUUGGUGGGAUGAUUGCCAACUCAUGUUCUGGUACCAAUGCUCUGAGAUAUGGUACAAUGAAGGAUAACGUUUUGAGUUUAACGGUAGUGUUAGCUGAUGGGACAAUUAUCAAAACCAGAAAAAGACCAAAAAAGUCUUCUGCCGGGUAUAAUUUGACAAACUUAUUUAUUGGAUCUGAAGGAACUUUAGGGAUUGUGACCGAAGCUACAUUGAAAUUACAUGUCAAGCCAGAGCACGAAUCCAUUGCCGUGGUUAGUUAUGAUACCAUUGAGGAUGCUGCUAAUACGGUGGAGGAUAUCACCAGUGCAGGAAUCCAAGUCAAUGCCGUUGAAUUAUUGGAUGAUAAAAUGAUGAAAUACAUUAAUAAAGGUGGGCAAACUUCUAAAGAGUGGAAAGAAAAACCAACUUUAUUUUUCAAAUUGGGAGGUACUGAGAACGGAGUGAAAGAAAUGAUUUCUAGAGUGGAAUCAUUGGCCAAAAAGAAUCAUAGUGUUUCCUUUGAAUUUGCGAAAGAUGAAGAGGAAAAAUACGAGCUAUGGCAAGCCCGAAAGGUUGCACUUUGGUCCACUAUUGACUAUGGUAAAAGCAUCGAUAAAGAUGCCCAAGUUUGGACCACUGAUGUUGCAGUGCCAGUUUCUAAAUUGGCCAAAGUUUUGACAGAAACAAAGGAUGAUAUGAAUAAAUCGGGAUUGUUGGCCACCUUGGUGGGUCAUGUCGGUGAUGGUAAUUUCCAUGCCUUCUUGCUUUAUACAGAGAAAAACAGACACAUUGCAGAGACAUUGGUUGAUAGAAUGGUCAAAAGAGCAUUGGAUAAUGAUGGAACUUGUACUGGGGAACAUGGGGUUGGAUACGGUAAGCGUGAAUUCUUAAUCGAGGAAGUCGGUGAAGAUACAGUUAGUUUGAUGAGAAAAUUGAAGAUGGCGUUGGAUCCUUUGAGAAUCUUGAACACUGAUAAAGUUAUUCACAUUGACCCAAAUGAAAUUAGUCAUUGA